UUGAGAGAGAAAGAGAUUGAGGCAGAGAGAGAGGGAAAGAGAAUCCCAAGUAGUCUCCACACGGUCAACACAGAGCCUGACCUGGGGCUCAAACUCACCAACCGUGAGAUCAUGACCUAAGCCAAAGCCAAGAGGUGGCUGCUUAAGCAACUGAGCCACCCAGGCACCCCUAGUUGAUUGGUUUUUUAAGUAAUGGUUUUGGGAGGAAAAAGCAGUGGGAGGAGCGGCACCUAGCUGGCUUGGUUGGUGUAGCAUGUGACUCUUGAGUUCAAGCCCUAAGUUGGGUGUAGAGAUUACUUUAAAAAAAAGUAAUGGUUUUAUUGAGAUACCAUUCACAUACAAUACAGUUCACCUAUUUAAUGGGUACACUUAAGUGGUUUUAGUAUAUUCACAGUGUUGUUCAACCAUCAUUAUAGUUAAUAUUUUUAACAUUUCCCUAGAUGGUAUUUAUUUAUUUAUUUAAAUGUUUAUUCUUGAGAGGGACAGAGACAGAGUGAGAGCAGAGGAGGGGCAGAGAGAGAGGCAGACACAGAAUCCAAAGCAGGCUCCAGGUUCUGAGCUGUCAGCACAGAGCCCGAUGCGAGGAUCGAACUCACGAACCAUGAGAUCAUGACCUAAGCUGAAGUCAGAUGCUUAACUGACUGAGCCACCCAGGUGCCCCAUCCGUAGAUGGUUUUUAAAGCCAUGGGACUGGAUGAGAGAGGAGUCUGAGGACCUUGCCUUGCAGCACUCCACGUGGGUAGGUUCAGGAGAUGAGUGGGGACUGGAAGCCAAGUGUAGAAGGCGUUUCAAGGAAAGGAAACUGGCACAAGGCACAGGUUGCUGAUAGGGCAAGUAAAAUGAGGACUGAGAACUGAUCACUGGAUUUAGCAAUGUGGAAGUGGCCUAGACAAGAGCAUUUCCGGUGGCAUGGUGGAAGUGAAGGCCAGAUUAGAAAAGGUUUAAGAGAGAAUGAGAGAAGAGGAACUGGAGACAGCAAGUGCAGAUGAUCUGUCCAGGAGUUUGGCUGUACAGAGGGGCAGAGAAGUGGAGCUGUUGCUGGAGAGGGUGUCUGAUCAAUUACUGAGCAGUGUCAGGUAGGGAGAGCACACGGGACCUGGCCACAGCUUGGUCUUCCUAGAGCAUGAAUUCUUCAUCCCAAGGAAUAAGAGAGAAGGUGGAAACCGAACAGACACAGGUGGGAAGAUCUCCUGAUGACAGGGCGCAGCACUGUGUUUGCCAUGCAGCACGUCCUCGGUGCGCCCCGUGUGGUGUGGAGAGGCCUCCUUGGAAGGGACCUCUUUAUGGCCAGGACUCUCUGCAGCCCAGGCCCUAGCCAGCCCAGAGAGAAAAGACCUGAGGAGGUGGCUCUUGGGCUGUACCGCCGCCUCACAGCUCUGGGAAGAGCCCUGGGGCACGACAUUCAUCAGCGAGCAUCGUCCACAGCCACGACUUGGUGGGAAAGAUACGAAGAGUUUGUCGGACUCAGUGAAGUUCGAGAGGCCCAGGGAAAUGUGACUGAGGCAGAGAAAGUGUUCAUGGUGGCUCGAGGGCUUGUGCGAGAGGCUCGGGAGGACUUGGAAGUUCACCAGGCCAAGCUGAAGGAGGUGAGGGACCGCUUGGACCGCAUCUCCAGAGAGGAUAUCCAGUACCUAGAACUGGCUACGCUGGAGCACCGGCUGCUGCAAGAGGAGAAGAGGCUUCGUGCAACCUAUCUGCGUGCUGAAGACUCUGAGCGAGAGAAGUUCUCCCUCUUCUCUGCGGCUGUGCGGGAAAGUCACGAGAAGGAGCGUACUCGAGCUGAGAGGACCAAGAACUGGUCCCUCAUCGGGUCAGUUCUGGGGGCCUUGAUUGGUGUGGCUGGCUCCACCUAUGUGAACCGUGUGCGGCUACAGGAGCUGAAGGCCUUGCUCUUAGAGGCGCAGAAGGGGCCUGUGAGCCUCCAGGAGGCCAUCCGAGAACAGUCAUCCAGCUACUCCCUCCAGCAGAGGGACCUCCACGACCUCAUGGUGGACCUAAGGGGCCUGGUACAAGCUGGCUCCGGGCUGAGCUCUGGGACCCAGGCAGGUACUUCCCCCACCCGAGACAGAGACACAGAUGUCCUUUCAGCUGCCUUGAAAGAGCAGCUCAGCCAUUCCAGGCAGGUCCAUUCAUGUUUAGAGGGUUUACGAGAGCGGCUUGAUGGCUUGGAAAAGACUUUCAGCCAAACGGCUGAGGUGGUUCAGCUUGCAAAGGCUGCAGCACAUCCAGGCCUGCUGGGGCCAGCAGACAGGGCCCUGCCUGGCUCCUUGCUGGAGCAGGGGAGCGUGAUCUUGGCACUAUCAGACAUGGAGCAGAAGCUUGAAGCUCAGGUCAACAGGAACACCAUCUACAGCACACUGGUCACCUGUGUGACAUUUGUGGCCACUCUGCCCGUGCUCUACGUGCUCUUCAGGGCCAGCUAGCCCCGGGAGCCUCCUCCAGGGAGCUGAGGGGAUAGCCGUGGAUACAAAUUUAGCUAGAGAAUCCCAACAAUGAAGUGAGCCUUUGGGGUGCACACAACCUCAGCCUGAGGCUGAGCAGCAUCUGUGUGGCUCACCAGCAGGCGUACUUUGAUUUUGAGAAAAUGCUCAUUUAUGUUAAUUAUCAACACUUUGUACUAAUGUCCAAAUAAAAUGUCUUUCGAUUC